AUGGAGCUCUCUCGCAAGCUCUUCACGGCCGUCCUCCUCGUCAUGCUGCUGCUCGUGGGCACAGAGAUCGGGCCGGUGGCGGUGGCGGAGGCGCGGACAUGCCAGUCGCAGAGCCACAGGUUCCGGGGCCCCUGCGUGCGCCGGGCCAACUGCGCCAACGUCUGCAGGACCGAGGGAUUCCCCGACGGCAAGUGCCGCGGCUUCCGCCGCCGCUGCUUCUGCACCACGCACUGCCGCACCUGA